GUUCGACAAUCGUUUCCGUUGGCGCUGCGGCAUUGGACGCGGCAUUGAAGUAGUAUCGCAUGGGCCGAACAAAGAAAGGCAACAAGGGCGGCGGGUAUGACCAGCCGCCGACCGAGGUAACUCUUUCCAAGAAAAAGCGUGGCAAGAAGAUGCAGGCUAGCAAGGAGCAGCACUUUGAGGAGAAGAAGAAGAAAAAGGAAAAGCUCGACAAGCUGAGGCUUCAAGACCAUCCCAAGCGCCGCCGACACAAGCCAGUGGGAACAGUCCACGAUCCCAUUGACAUCCAUCAUCCGUCCCCGGACAUUGACAACAAUAGCGACGCGGACUCGACGGAAUCCACGUACAUCUCCAUCAAGGAGUCGCCCGUGGUCAAGGUCGCCGCUGCGUCGUCAGCUUCGUUGACCAUCGCAGAAGAUGAUCUCGACACGCCGUGGAUGAAACCCGGCCAGCGAUAUCGACACUCCAACGUGUUUCUGUGUCUGCACGAUGAGAUCUUGGACUUUGCGACCUUCCUGAGCCCGACCGCGGACGAAGUGGCCGCGCGGAAUACGCUGGUGACGACCAUGCAGGAGCUGGUCACGUCACUAUGGGAAGGCGCUUCCAUGGGCACGUUCGGGUCCCUUCUCACCGAGAUGUACCUUCCAACGAGCGACAUUGACAUGGUCGUGCUGGACGGGCCGAGCGGCAAAGAGCCGUUGUACACGCUGGCGCGGCGCGUGGAAGAGCUCGGCAUGGCGUCGUACUUGGAGGUGGUCGACUCUGCGCGCAUCCCGAUCGUCAAGUUCGUGCACACGGCGUCGGGGUUGAGUGUAGACGUGUCGUUUGGGGUCACGAGCGGGUUCGCCACCGCCGACUUGGUCAAGGGGUACCGGCUCAAGUACCCAGCAUUCCGACCCCUCACUCUCUUGUUAAAGUACUUUUUGCAGCAGCGCAACUUGAACGAAACGUUCAAGGGCGGCGUGGGGUCGUUCCUGCUGCAGCUGAUGGUCGUGAGCUUCCUCCAGCACAAGAACAGACUCAGCGUGUACUCGACCCAAGGCCAGGACCUGGGCCACCUGCUCGUCGACUUUUUCGAUCUGUACGGCAACGUAUUCAACUCGUCGGACUUGUCCAUCUCGGUGCGCGAAGGCGGGGCGUACGUGACCAAGGAGUCGAAGGACUGGAAGAACUUCUCGCGCCCAGACUUGCUGAGUAUGGAGAACCCCCACGACACCAACCACGACGUCGGCGCCAACUCGUACGAAGUGUGGCGGGUGUUCAAGGUGUUUUCGCAUGCGGCCAAGGUCCUCAAAGCUGAGAUCUGGAAGCGAGGCACGUUGCAUGUGCAUCACGAUGACUACGGCACGAGCAUUCUCGAUCGCAUCAUUGCCCGAGAUGCGCUGUUACAUGACCGACAAGGCCCAAAAGUGUUUGGGUUUGCCAUGUCCAAACCUGACGAUAUGAAGCCCCAUCACCACCAUCAUCAUCGUCGACAUGACUGAAUAUAACAAUCGGAUAUGACCAAACUAUUAGUACUGGCAUUGGAUAGUACAUUGUAUCAAUGGGAUAACGUUA